CCAGAGCUCAUGGCCGGGCCCAGCACCCACGUUGUCCCCAUGCUGUUCCUCGCCCUCCUGGUGCUCUCGGAGCUGAGCCUGGCAGGCUCCCUGGGACCUGGAACCCCGGCUCGGAACCUUCCUGAGAAUCACAUCGACCUCCAGGGCCCAGCACUGUGGAUGCCUCAGGCCAGCCACCACCGCCGGCGGGGCCUGGGCAAGAAGGAGCGGGGCCCAGGCAUGCCCGGCCGGGCUCAGGAUGGGGCUGUGGUCACCACCACCAGGCAGGCCUCCAGGCUGCCAGGGGCAGGGGAGCCGCUGCCCGGGCAGAGUCCUGCAGGCCUACUGGAGGACAAGGGCCCGCUCCUAGGGCUGGCACUGCCCUACCCAGAGAAGGAGAACCGGUCUCCCGGGUCAGAGAGGGUCAAGAAACGUGGCAGGGAGUUCAAGAGACGCAGGGAAAGGUUGAAACUGCACAGAGGCCGAGCCUUGGUCCGAGGUCCUAGCUCCCUGAUGAAGAAGGCAGAGCCGUCCGAAGACCAGGCACCGGAUGCCACGAUGGAGGAAUCCUCCACCAGCCUGGCCCCCACCAUCCUCUACCUAACCACCUUUGAGGCAGCACCUGCCACAGAAGAGUCCCUGAUCCUGCCUGUCACAUCCCUGUGGCCCCAGGCUCAGCCCAGGCCUGAUGGGGAGGUGAUGCCCACACUGGACAUGGCCUUGUUCGACUGGACCGAUUAUGAAGACUUAAAACCUGAGGUCUGGCCCUCUGCAAAGAAGAAAGAGAAACACUGGGGUAAACUCUCCAGCGACGGUAACGGAACGUCACCGGCUGAGGGUGAGCCGUGCGACCAUCAUCAAGACUGCCUGCCAGGGAGCUGCUGUGACCUUCGGGAACAUCUCUGCACGCCCCACAACCGUGGCCUCAACAACAAAUGCUUUGAUGAUUGCAUGUGUAUGGAAGGGCUGCGCUGCUAUGCCAAAUUCCACCGGAACCGCAGGGUCACACGGAGGAAGGGGCGCUGCGUGGAGCCGGAGACGGCCAACGGCGACCAGGGAUCCUUCAUCAACGUCUAGCGGCUCUGCGCGAGGCGCCUCCCCGCCGGCCUGGGGACCGCGCGCGCGCCGAGGUUUGGAGAAGCCGGGCAAUUUGUUCGGAACUAGCCGUGCGAGAUCGGAUGGGGACUAGAUGAUCGAGGCUGCAGGCGCCAGCCCAGGACACUCAGCCCCGGCAGGGGAGCCCUGGGCGAACUGCCCCCGCCCAGGAGCCGAGCUGCGGCACACCUGCGCCCACCUCCCGGCCUCCGGAGGACCCACGAGGCCCCCGCGGCCCCGGGGGAACCGCGUACUCCGCGAUGGCAAUGUCGAGACUGCCCUCUACUGCCCGACCUCAGCACUGCAAUGGAGAGGUUUCCGAGCGCGUAAAGGGACCACUCCCAGAGACCAGAGAACCCGAGGAGGUGACCGCGGGAACACCUCUGCCGUACCUGGCACUGUGCUAAAUGCGUGCCAUACGUUAUCUCUCUUAGUUAUCACAAUGACCUUUCAGAGUGGGCAUUAUCACCGUUUUAUAGGUGAGGAAAACCGAGGCAGAGUUAGUUAUGACUUGUCCAGGGUCCCAGAUCAAUGCUCCUCAAACCUUAACCUGUGUAAGAACCCCCGGGGAGAUCUGGCUCAAAUGCAGAUUCUGGCUCAGUCGCUUCAGCAUUUUUAACAAGCUCUGGGGGGGGG